AGAGAAACUUCCUGCUGUUGGAGUUCUUCCGUGGGGAAAGUUGCCUCGCAAGUUUCCGCGCGAGGGACCAGUCGAACCUGCACAGCUGGCUGGAAGGAAAGGGAGGGAGCCUCUGCGAAGGAGGCAGGCGGUGGCGCAGCACCUCUGGACGCCUCUUCCCUGAGCAGCCCGACAGGUUUGCCCUUCCCACCGCCACCAAGGAGGACUCUGAGGAAGACUUCUCAUUCCCAAAUCUGAUUUCAUAUCCACAGUGGAAGGAGGAGAUCCACUUUUCCAGAACCCAGAGGAAAGAAAGAGAUCAACAGAGGCUGAUGGACACCAGGACAAGUACAAGGGAGAACCACAGCUGCAUAUACUUGAGACAAAACAGCAGAAAAGCAUAAGUGGAACAAAUUGGAAAAGGAGAACAAAUCCUCUCCUGCGAGUGCUGAAUCCCAAGUGUUUCAUAGACACAAGCGUUAACACAGGGGAGAAACCUCAUAAAUGGUUUGAGUGUGUAAAGAGCUCUGCUCAGAAUUGCAUCCUUGCUGUUGAUCAACAAAUACACACAGGGGAAUAAUCACAUAAAUGCUUAGCAUGUGGAAAGGCUUUUCUUGAAGUGACACCCUAUAUGUUCAUCGACAAAUCUACACUGGGAAGAAACGAUAUAAAUGCUUGGAGUAUAAAAUGAGCUUAGCUCAGAGUUCAGACUUUCAGUCCCAUCAAUGUAUCCACACUGGGGAAAAACCAUAUAUAUGCUUGGAGUGUGGAAAGAGCUUUGCUCGGAGUUCAGACCUUACUACCCAUCAACGUAUCCACACUGGAGAGAAACCAUAUGAAUGCUUGGUGUGUGGAAAGAGCUUUGCUCAUAGUUCACAACUUAAAUCCCAUCAACGUAUCCAUACUGGGGAGAAACCAUAUGAAUGCUUGGUGUGUGGAAAGAGCUUUACUCAGAGUUCUCAUCUUAAAUCCCAUCUACGCAUCCACACCGGGGAGAAACCAUACGAAUGCUUGGUUUGUGGAAAGAACUAUGCACAAAGUUCAGAGCUUAAAUCCCAUCAACGUAUCCACACUGGGGAGAAACCGUAUAAAUGCUUGAAUUGUGAAAAGAGCUUUGCUCAGAGUUCACACCUUACUAAACAUCAACGAAUCCACACAGGGGAGAAACCAUAUAAAUGCUUUGAGUGUGAAGAGAGCUUUUCUUGUAGUUCACAGCUUACUAAACAUCAGUGUAGUCACACAGAGGAGAAACCAUAUAAAUGCUUGGAUUGUGAAAAGACAUUUGCUGAGAGUGACACCUUUAGUGCCCAUCGACGAAUCCACACAGGAGAGAAACCAUAUACAUGCUUGGAUUGUGGAAAGAGAUUUGCUCAGAGCUCAGAAUUUACUCAUCAGUGUAUCCACCCUAGGGAGAAACCAUAUAAAUGUGUGGUUUGUGGAAAGAGCUUUGUUUGUACUUCACAACUUACUAAACAUCUACGUAUCCACACUGGGGAGAAACCAUAUAAAUGCCCGGACUGUGGAAAGAGCUUUGCUCAGAGUGCACAUGUUGCUGCCCAUCAACGAAUCCACACAGGGGAGAAACCAUAUACAUGUUUGGAGUGUGGAAAAUGCUUUGCUCGGACUUCACAGCUUACUACCCAUCAACGUGUCCACACUGGUGAGAAGCCAUAUGAAUGCUAUGAGUGUGGAAAGAACUUUGCUCAUAGCUCACAACUUAGAUCCCAUCAACGUAUCCACACAGGAGAGAAACCAUAUGAAUGCUGGGAGUGUGGAAAGAGCUUUACUCAGAGUUCACAUCUUAAAUCUCAUCAAUGCAUCCACACUGGGGAGAAACCAUAUAAAUGUUUGGAUUGUGGAAAGAGCUAUGCUCAGAGUUCAAAGCUUAUUUCCCAUCAACGUAUCCACACUGGGGAGAAACCAUAAAAAUGCUUGGAUUGCGAAAAGAGCUUUGCUUGUAAUUCACAGUUUACUAAACAUCUAUGUAUCCAAACAGAAGAGAAACCAUGUAUAUGCUUGGGGUAAGGAAAAUGCUUUCCUUGGAGUUCACACUUUACUAUCUAUUGAUAAAUGCAGACAAGGGACAAGCCAUAUAAAUGUUUGGACUGUGAAGAGAACUGGGCUCAGAGUUCAGAACUUACUGCCCAUCAACCGAUCCACAUAAAUGGACAUACUUUAUAAAUGCCUGGAAUGUGGAAAGAAUUUUGCUCAGUGUUCACAGCAUAUUACCCAUCAACAGAGCGACUCUGGGGUGGGAUGGCAGAAUCACCUUGGAAUGCAGAUAGAACUUCAUUUAAAAGGCAAAUUGUAAGAAUUCACCCAAGGGAGAAGCCAUAUAAAUGCUAUGCCACAUUUGCAUCAUAGAAUUCAUACAAGAGAGAAAUCAUGCAAAUUUUCCAGUGUUGCAAGAUCUUCCUCCUUGAUCCCUAUCUUAGCAGAUAUCGUCAUCUGGAGAUUUUGUGUUAUAUCAGGCUUGCCUUAUGCCUGCUGUUGAACUGGUAUUGGUUAAAGCAGGAACGACAAAUAUAAGGCCCAGGGAAGGAGAACCAGCCUGUCCAGGGCUCUUGCCCGUCUCACAAGUAUGUAUGGAAAUAUAAGGUAGUCCCCCUAUCCCUUGGGAAAAAAACUAGUUUUAUGAUUAAAUACAUUUAUUGGGGCUUUUGUGAGCUUCCUAGUAAAUCAAGCGCUUUCGCUGCUAGGAAUCAUUUGCUUUUGCUUGUAUUUUGAGUAAAACAUAUCAUUAAUUGAG